UGCGCUGAAGGAGGAGGAGGGGGACCUGGGGUGUGAGGCACCCCCUGCACGAGCGCGCGCGCUCACAGUGUCGGUGCACGCACACACGCGCGGACACACUUGCGGACACGCGCGCACACACACAUGCACAAAGCUCGCUUGCUUCGAGCGCACUAACGUGGUCGUUUUCUUUGUGUGGAACCCUCGAGGGGGGUUGGGGCCCCGGUCUCGUCCCGUCCUGUCCCGGGGAGAUGGCGCAGCCCAUUCUGGGCCAUGGGAGCCUGCAACCCGCCUCGGCCGCGGGCCUGGCGUCCCUGGAGCUCGACUCGUCGCUGGACCAGUACGUGCAAAUUCGCAUCUUCAAGAUCAUCGUGAUUGGGGACUCCAACGUAGGCAAGACCUGCUUGACCUUCCGCUUCUGCGGCGGGACCUUCCCGGACAAAACUGAGGCCACCAUCGGCGUGGACUUCAGGGAGAAGACCGUAGAAAUCGAGGGCGAGAAGAUCAAGGUUCAGGUAUGGGACACAGCAGGUCAGGAACGCUUCCGCAAAAGCAUGGUCGAGCAUUAUUACCGCAAUGUGCAUGCAGUGGUCUUUGUCUAUGACGUCACCAAGAUGACAUCCUUCACCAACCUCAAAAUGUGGAUUCAAGAAUGCAAUGGGCAUGCCGUGCCCCCGCUAGUCCCGAAAGUGCUUGUGGGCAACAAGUGUGACUUGAGGGAACAGAUCCAGGUGCCCUCCAACUUAGCCCUGAAAUUUGCUGAUGCCCACAACAUGCUCUUGUUUGAGACAUCGGCCAAGGACCCCAAAGAGAGCCAGAACGUGGAGUCAAUUUUCAUGUGCCUGGCUUGCCGAUUGAAGGCACAGAAAUCCCUGCUCUAUCGUGAUACUGAGAGGCAGCAGGGGAAGGUGCAGAAACUGGAGUUCCCACAGGAAGCUAACAGUAAAACUCCCUGUCCCUGUUGAAACCAAAUGGUGUACAUACAAGCUCAAUUAUCACUAGAGUUUUUUCUUUCCUUUUUUUUUUCCGUGCCUGCAUAAUGCUGACACCUGCU